AUGGCUAAGUGUGCACAGUUGGCACAGAUUGUUAAAGACUUUUACAAGGUGUUUGGUGAAGGAGAUGACAAAUACCUGAUUGCAACUGCUGAGCAACCUCUUUGUGCAUAUCAUAUGGAUGAAUGGAUCCAUCCGAGGGAGCUUCCCAUAAGAUGUAUUGACAUUACACUUUUUGGUCCAGAGAUGCUGGUUACUCGUCCUGUUUUAGAAAAGAAGCUGGCUCCCAUGGAAGCGAUACACUUGGGGUAUUUUUCGUGUUUCACCAGUUUGAGAAAAUUGAACAGUUUUGCAUCACUGGUCAGGUACUUAACAAAGAGCUUGUGUCCUGUUCCAACUGUACAGACAACCAAGCUGGUUGACUUGAGAUCCGGUACUGUCAGAAAAAGGUAA